AUGACCAAGAAUCUAGUAAUUAAAAUAGAUGAAAAAUGGAAGCCAAUUUUAGGUGAAGAAUUGCCUUUAAUUGAACCUCAAGAUUAUGUUAAACUUGGAAAAAUUAUUUCACUGCCAAAGUUAUCAGCUAAUGAAAUUCAUAACAAUGUUGUGAAAGUACUUCCAUAUAUUCGGCAAAAAGUUAAAAUGUGGGGAGUUGAUAUUCUUAAUGCAGAAAACUUUAAUAAAAGUUUAAUCAAUCAUGAUGAGGAAGAUGAAGAAUCUUAUGAAGACUCUUCUGAGAGUGAAUCAGAAGAUGAAAAGGAAAUUAAAAAAAAGAAUAGAUUGUCUCGAUUUGAUUGUAUUGCUACUUUAUUUGCCUCGGCUGAAUGUACUGUAGUUCAGGAUAUAUUUCGAACUAUAUCUAAAUUUUCUAUUGCGAUUCCUUUAUUGAUGCCUGAAUUAAAUAAAUCAGAAAAGUACCAAGUAAUGUAUCCUUUACUUACGGGACCAAUCAUUAAAUGGGAAACAGGCAACGGAUCGAUUAUAGAAAAUCAUCUCUUUAAAGAUCCCUUUAAAAUGAUUGCUGCAGUCCGAAUUGGAACGGGCUCUAAAGGCAAAAGUUCUAUAAUUAAUCAUUUAAUGAAAUCAAAUUAUAUGUUCACGUCACGUACUGAACCAAGAGCAAAAUAUGGAAUUUCACAUAUGGUUAGGGGAAGUAUCGAGUUCAUCUGGCUAACUGAAGAGACUUGUGGCGAAUCCUUGUGGAGUGAGGUUUUUAAAGAUUAUUAUGAAAAAAGUGAACAUGGUAGCAAAAGUGGAGGAGAGAUCGUACUGCUUGCAAAUUUACAUGGUGAAGCAUUAGAUUAUCCUGAUCAAGUUGAAUUUUUAAAGCAAUUUUCUUCUUGUUUCCUGGUUUACUUAAUGCCAGAACAUAACAAAACAAAGUUUGAAAAUUUAAUUAACCCUAAGAAGGCAAUAUAUAUUUAUGUAGAUCCUAAAAAAAGUAAAGGUAUCGAAAAGAAGUACAUAGUUAAGACAAAUUCAUUAGAUGAUCACGACACAAUAAAGAAAAUGUGCAAAACGUUUAAUGAAGCGUUAGUAUUAGAUGAUCAGAUAUAUACAAUCGAUGCUGUCGAAUUAAAAAUGGGAAAAACGCUUCAAUUUGCUGGAAAUACCGAGUUUGUUGAAUCUGAGCAUCUGAUAAACUUUAUUAAGGACAAAACUUGUCUCAACAUAAAACGAAAUGUUAUGCAGCUUCAAAAAAAGCAAUUAGAAAAUGGAUUAAACCACAUAAAAUUUUGGCAACAAACAAUUGAAUUACAAACAUUAAUUCGACUAUUCACUAGUAUCUUAGCUUUACAACCCAUCAAUAAAAGAAGACAAGCUCUAGCACAUCUUGAAAGAGAACUUUGGGAAGAAGUUGAUAACAAAAGUUUGGGCUUUGAACAUUUUUUCCGAGAAUCAGGACAUAUUUAUAAAAUUUUUAUUUCUGACUCAGAUGAAAAUCCAAAAACUAUUUCUGUCAAUGGUCCACCUAAAGAAAAUGUCUUGAGAUUACCGGAAUAUUAUGCUGAACUGCUAAUUAGCGGUAAUACCAUAGAAUUACUUGAUGGUGAUUCGAUAACCAUAAAUGAGGCAUGGUUAUUAGCAAUCUGUAAUUGCAUUGAUAAACGAUUUCCUAAACUUAGGGUUUAUGUAAUCAGUAUACUUGGAUUACAAUCUUCUGGAAAAUCCACCCUUCUAAAUGCGCUUUUUGCAUGCAAAUUUGCUGUCUCAGUUGGACGCUGUACAAGGGGACUCUUCAUGCGAUUAUUAUUUUUAGAAAAAGACUUAUCUAAUCAACUUGAUGUUGAUGCUUUUAUCUUGAUUGACACGGAAGGACUUGGAGCACCUGAGAAAAUGGAAGAAACAGAAUCAGAAAAGAAAGAUCGGAUGUUAGCAACUUUUGCAAUGGGAAUUAGCAAUUUAACGAUUAUUAACGUAUUAGGAGAAUCAAUGAAUGAGCUGACUGAAAUAUUGCAGAUAGCAAUUGUGACAAUGGCACGUCUUGAAAAAGUUGGUAUAUCCCCUGAUAUAAUUAUGGUGCAACAUGUUCCAGAGAAGAAUGUGGCAAAAUUAAGUGAGCCAGAGCAAAAAUUUCGGAAUGCACUUCAAAAAGCUUUGAAAAUAGUCAAAGAGAAAGAUGGCGAUAUAGGGUCACAAAAUCUUGAAUGUCUUGACAUUAUCGAUUCAAGAAUAAAAAAUGGAAAACUCCUCAAACUAUUUUCGUCAUUCAAAGAUGGGGCAACCAUUUAUUCUCCCCCAUCGAAACAAUAUCAUAAGGACGUUAUUAGUUUGUAUAAUUCUAUAAUUGGUGAUUGCGAAAAUCAAAAAGAAAAAAAAAGCUUUUCAGAUUGGUAUAAAUUAAUCAAAGGUUAUUGGGACGCAAUAUCUCAUGAAGAUUUUGCUCUACGGUUUAAAGAUUUAAAUGAAAUUAAUGAAUUUAUUAAACUUGAUAAACAAAUCACAAUGUUGAAAGGAACUAUUGACAUAGCAUUUUCAGCACAUAAAGAAUCGAUAAAAGAAGAAAUUCGAUCUGUCGCACAGAAAAAUUUUCUAAAUAAAGAUAGUAAAGACAUAAAUAAUGAUCUAAUCCGAGAAAAAUGUCACCGAUUGAUAGAAAAUGAGUUAAAUAAAGUAUCAAAUUUUAAAAAUCCGAAUCAUUGCGAAAAAUGUAAGGAGGUGAUUGAAAAGCGAAUCGAAUUAGAUCAAUACCUUGAAAAGAAUAAGAAUAAGUAUAAAGAGGAAACUAAUCAAACGAUUGAUAAGUAUAUUGAUAAGUGUCACGAUUCAAUAUUUAUAGAGCUUAAACAAAUGCUUGAAGCCAUUUUAAUGCGAAAUAAACUUUCAAACGAUCAUCAAAAUUUUAUUGACAAGCAACUUGAAAACGUUUUAAAAAUGCGGAAGGAAUUUUCUAAUAAAACAGAUCGUGAACAAGAAGCCAAUAAAAUAUGGAAAUCGUUAUACGAUAAAAUAUCAAUAUCACUAAAAAAUAAUGACUCAACUAUUGAUGAAAAAAUACAGAAUGAAGUAUUUGAGGUAUAUAGACAUUAUAAUAAUUCGGAAUUUUGGAAUAGUUAUUACGAUAAAAUUGUUCCUGAUCUAUCUAAAAUAAGUGCAUAUGAAUUGAUUGACCGAGUUAAAUAUUUAAAGUUGUCAUCGUAUUUAGAUUCGAAUAACAUAACGGUACUCAAAGACAAAAUUAAUAGUAUGAUAAAUCAAAAUUUAAGCAGAGUAGAUCAUUUUCGUAGUGGAAUCGUGCGUGAACUUAAAGGCGAAAUAGAUAAUAUCUUGAAUGAACGUUCAGCUUUCUUGAAAAUUGACAUUAAGCCUAAAUUUAAAAUGAAUGUUCACGUAUAUGCAUUAUUGCAUUUUAUUAAAAGAAUGGUAAUAAUUCAGAACAAAUGGGAUAAGGACAAUACACCUCUUGGAGUGCUUAACCAAAAGAAAGAUGAGUAUUUAAAAAAGAUUAAUAUUCGUCUUCAAUACGGACAUUCACAUAUAUCUGAAGGUCAUAUUGCAGGAGACUUUUUGUUGAGAGCAAUUCAAAAAAAAAGCGAUAAAUGCAGAAAAUUUCCCAGAACAGUUAGACUUAAGUAUUUCAUUGAACUUGCUGAACAAGUUCAUAAUGGUAACUUAAAUAAAGGUGUUCAGCACUUUUUAAGACCACGUGGAAGUAUUGAAGAGUGGUUUAAAAGUAAAGUUAAUUUAGAUGAAAGAACAAAUCAAGGACAAAGUUAUAAAGAAACCUUUGACACUGAAUUUAAUGAUGUUCGUCAGAAAAUUCAUAAUUGUAGAAGUUACGAAGAUGUUAAAAAGUUUUUAAACCAAUAUAUGAUACAAGUUGACGGCAUUGAAUACCAAUUGAAUGUUAAAGAUAGUUCAAUUGAUGAAAAUUUUACAUUAUUCCGUGAAGCUAUAGAGAAAGAGCUUGAUGCAGAGAAAGAGCUUAAUACUAGAGGAAAUGGCAGUUAUCAAUUAAAAAAUGAAUUAUUAAAAAAACCAUCUGAUGAUAAUUUAAUCAUGAAUAAUAUCGGGUGCACAGCACCAUGUCCCUGGUGUGGAGCUUUGUGUUGGGGAGUAAGAGGCCAUGAAAUAUCUGAUGUUGGCAUGACAAAAAUUCAUCAUACUAGUCAUCAGCCACCAGGUCUUAAUGGGGUUAGUUUUUACGGCACAAAUACACUUACUGCAGAGGCAUGCCAUAACUAUUUAGAUGAAAGUGAUGUAUAUCUUUGUGGCAAGUCUAAAAAAUGGAAAGUUUAUAAAACUCAAGAUUACCCAAAUUGGAAAUUUGAAACCCACAGCAUGAACGUUUUUAAUGAUAUUAUGCGUUGGUUUUUUCAAAUGCUUCAUAAUGGUAUAGCACAAGCUCGAGACCUUAAGCCAGCAGAUAUAACAGAAUUAAAAGAAAAUGGCUGUUUUUGCAAUGAUUACAAUAACAUAAUCAGCGUAUUAAAGCAAGAAUUUGACUAA